GACAGGUGAUGGGAAGGGGGGAGGGAAGACGCUCCAUUUCGCUCUCUGCAGCCCAGCACAGGGUGAAGCCUGAGCGCUCCAAUGGCCAACACCACAGUGCUGAACACCUCAGAAGUCGCCGUCACGGCAGGGUUGAUCCUGGCGGCUGUCGUGGAGGCAGCAGCACUGCUGGGCAACGGCGCGCUGCUGGUCGUUGGUGCUGCGCACCCCAGACUGCGUGACACGCUCUACCUGGUGCACCUGUGCGUCGUGGACCUGCUGGCGGCCGCCUCCAUCAUGCCGCUGGCCUGCUGGCCGCAGCCACCGCCCGGGCUGGGCCGCGUGCGCCUGGGCCCCGCGCCGUGCCGCGCCGCGCGCUUCCUCUCGGCGGCGCUGCUCCCCGCCUGCACGCUCGGGGUGGCCGCGCUCGGUCUGGCGCGCUACCGCCUCAUAGUGCACCCGCUGCGGCCGGGCGCGCGGCCUCCGCCGGGCCUGGUGCUCACGGCCGUGUGGGCCGCCGCGGGGCUGCUGGGCGCGCUCUCCCUGCCUCGGCCGCCGCCCGCUCCCCCGGCUCCAACGCGCUGCUCCGUCCUGGCCGGUGGCCUCGGGCCCUUCCGGCCGCUCUGGGCGCUGCUGGCCUUCGCGCUACCGGCCCUCCUGCUGCUCGGCGCCUAUGGCGGCAUCUUCCUCGUGGCCCGCCGUGCGGCCCUGCGGCCCCUGCGGCCCCCGCGGCCCGCGCGCGGCUCCCGGCCGCGCUCCGACUCUCUGGAUGGCCGCCUCUCCAUCUUGCCACCCCUCCGGCCUCGCCUGCCUGGGGGCAAAGCAGCCCUGGCCCCAGCCCUGGCCGUGGGCCAGUUCGCAGCCUGCUGGCUGCCCUAUGGCUGUGCGUGCUGGCGCCCGCUGAGCAAGCCGCAGUGUGCUGAGGCGCCCGUCACCUGGGUGGCCUACUCGGCCUUCGCGUUCACACCCUUCCUGUAUGGCCUGCUACAGCGCCCCGUACGCCGGGCACUGGGCCGCCUUGCCCGCCGGGCUCUGCCCCAGCCCCCCGCGGACCUGUACUCUCGGGCCUGGCACCUGCCGACAUUUCUGCAGCACCUCCAGGGACCUUCAUUGCGCCCUGCCCUAGGCCCUCCUGGGGCACCAGAACAAGCCCCAGAUUUGCCAGAAGGGGAGAACCUGAGCAUGACAGGGGCCACCUGAGAGGAGAUCUGUCUCCCAUACUGAGCUGGCACUGGAGAAAGAUGGUGGUGUCAGAA